AUGCUGCCGUCCAUCAAAGAAAAGGGUUCCAGCCCCGAUUCACCGAAUUAUUCUCGCUUUGCUCUUAUUGCUCAUGUUGAUUAUUUUGGUAAGUUUUAUCCGUGUUUUUCCUUACAAAUCAGAACCUUGCAGAGACCAAGGAUAUCUGCCAGAAGUUGGAAACCUUCGAGGAAUAUCACGACUGUGAAGUCAUUAUCAAAAGACCCAUUCCGGACCCCAAGAAUCUCAUAAUUCUUGAAGCAUGGGUCAAACGCGUGAGUUCACUUUCAAUCAAAAAUAAAAAAAUCCUGUUUUUAAAGGAGAGCAACAGUUAUUCUUAAAACAUCAAAAUUUCAGGAUAAAGUUCGAAAUGUGCGAAAAAACCUCAAAGAAUUGUUCGAACAAUAUUGCCGGGAGAAAAAAAUACAAAUACACGGUGAGUUUUUCCAUCUUUUUAUAAUUUUUCAAAAAUAAAAUUUGAAAAAGAAAUGUAGUUAACCUGUUUUUUUAGUAUCAAAGAAAGGAUGAAGUCCUUGAAGCCCAUGCAGAAUACGCACUCUUGUAUCCGGAACAACGUUGUGGAAAUGAUUCGGCAAGCACUGAUCAUCAACAAUCCGCGAGGUGAAGACUUUUAUGCAAUGUUAGUAUUAUUUCUUCCGUAGAGAAGACUAAAAUUCUCAUGUCAUUUUCUUUCGAAAAAUGACCUUUCUAUUUCAGUGACUUGAGCGAUGAGGGCGGCGGAUCCACUUCUGUCUCAGAUGACCGCGAUGAAGCUUCAGAAGUUUCUACCGGGUAAUUCUUAAAAAAUAACUUGCUUUUAAGAUUAACUUUUUUUAACUACCUUGCAAAAAAGUGGUUUCCGAGUAUGACUGAAUUUAAUGAUCAGAUUUUGAAAAAAAAAGAAAUUCGAGAUCCCUGUUUUCAGUUCCUCGUCGCAGACUGUUUUCCACGAAUUGCCUUCUCGCGAAUAUUGUACUUGUAUGCUGAAACUUGCCGAGUACAUUCUCAAUGCUCCAUCGGAGGGAGAUCCUGAAAAUCAAGCUGGUUUCGAGGAGUCCUCAGAGAGCCAUGUUCGAGCCACAAGCCCUCCGGCAAGGUAAUUACCAUGAAAGCCGGCUUUGAAAUACAGUAAUCCAUGGUUUGCGACCUAAAUCUUCAGGGCGCGAUUUUUAAAAUCCACCUCUUAGCGAUGUUGUUUUGACGCGGAAUCAAAAAGGAUUACAAAAUUGAUUUUUUUUUUUUUGAGAAAACGGAAACUUAUUAUAUUGAUCUAUGGAGAGGCUACAAUCUAAAAAAGUAGUUGAUGCGAAUAAAUUAAUAUUGCAACAGGAAACUUCCCAAAAGACGAGGAUUUCUGAAACGCAAAAAAAGGCUGUCGCUCUUGAUGUCUUGACGAGAAAAUUGAUACGGUUAAAAAAAUUUUGUUUUCAGUGCCGCUUCGCAGCAUUCUGGCCUGGAAUCCUUUCCAUUUUCAAAAUGCUCUUGCCUGAAAAAGCUGGCUCGUAGAAUCCUGUGGAAGACUCUUGAUGAUGGAGUUGCUCCUUGCGAAUGCGAUGAAUGUCGUUCCAUGUAAGUUUACUCUCGGAAAGUGUCUUUAAACGUUGAAAAUUUCGUUUCAGAGAUUCAGACGGUCAAAGUAUUGUUUCCGAUUCGACGUCUAUUCAAACUUCAGAGAGGUAAAAUUUACAAAUAAGAACUCAAAAAGAGGAAAUUUUGGACUAGCGCAUUUUUCACUGUAAAUAAAAAAAAUAAUUUUUUUUUUCCAGGAAUUCGGAUGGCCGAAGUUUUGUUUCCGAGUCGACGUCUAUUCAGACUUCAGAGAGGUAAACUUUACAAAUAAGUGCUCAAAAAAAGGAAAUUUCGGACUAGCGCAAUUUUUCCCUGUGAAAGUUACCAAAUGGUUGAGUAGUAAAUCUUGAAUUUCAGCUCCACCCUUCUGAGCAGUCUUUCUAUCACAGCUGACUCUCCAACUGUCUCCCAGUAUGAAGAGAACGAGAGACGCCUGGGAAUUCUGCCUCAUCCUGGACUUUGUCAGUGCACAUGCGGAGAGUGCUUUGAGGCGAACAAGUAAGCUUUCAACUGAUCUUUUUUUUUUCUAAAAACGUUUUUGAAGUAUUUUCCUAACCUUUCUUCGAAUAAAUAAAUAAAUUUCAGCAAGUGGUGUAAAAGCUCCUCGCUGGCAUAGCAUCAUCUUCCAGCAUCCUUCUCCGGCUCACGGACAGUGAGAUCUUACUUAUUAGUAGAACUUCCUUUACAGAUCUUCCAAAAAAAUUCGUUUGGAACAAACUUGUAAGUUUAGAAAACCGGCCGAUUUUUUCAAAGAAAUUCUCGUGUUAAAACGGGAAGUGAUACAGUUUAUGUUUUUAGUGACGAGAGAAUUUGCUUGUGCCACACCGAAAGGCCGGCGUGCACCUGCCAGUUCUGUGAACACGUCCGAACCUACCGUCCUCCAGGCGAAUCUCCGCUUCCGAACAUCGAAUAG